AUGAGCCAUUGGCUCGGUGCAAGAGAGGGCAGCGGCAACUGCAGGCAACAACAGGAUAGCUUCAGCAUCCUUGGUAAUGCAGGCAGCAGGCAGCAACGGGCACCCAUCCUCCACCACCUGAGGCACCGUGGUGCAGUACACAAUGUCGCAGAGCAGAGUGCAGUGCAUGUCUCUGCAGGUUUCGUGUGGCCAUGGACGAUUGAGACAUGUCCAUGGACCCAGAUGCUGCUCACCUUGCAUGACCAUGCCUUCGCACUCUCGCAGUUGCCUAUGGUGGCUGCCUCAUCGGCUAAUUGA